AUGUCGAGCGACCUGUCCGGCGGCAAAUUCGGACACCCUGACCGUUCGCCCACCACCCAGCUCAUAGUCCGCACGACGGCGACGUGCCUGGUCAGCAUCUCCUGGUACAAUGCGCUGGAGUUGAUAGUGGUGUGUUUCUCGACGUUCAAGCGCUAUGGUGGGUGCUAUUUCUGGUGUCUGCUCGUGGCGAGCAUCAGCAUCAUCCCAUUUUCGCUUGGUUAUUUCAUGGUGCUCUAUAAUGUCCUGGAGCACAACCUCUUCCCCAUAUCCAUGGAGCUCGUCGCCUGGAUCGGCAUGGUAACGGGCCAGUCGCUCGUGCUGUGGUCGCGAUUGCACCUGGUCGUGCAAAACCACACCGUGCUCCGCGCCACGCUGGUCAUGAUCAUUGUCAACACGAUCAUCUUCCACGUCCCCGCCGCUGUCCUCGAGCUCGGCUCCCACUCCAAUAAAUCCGCCCUAUUCACCCCCGGCUUCAACAUCUUCGAACGCAUCCAGCUCAUCGCCUUCUCCAUACAAGAGAUCGUGCUCUCCCUCAUCUAUUCGUGGGAAGCCGUGCGCAUGCUGAACCUCCGUCCACGCGGCCACUACAAGAGCACCCUGAUCCAGCUGCUGAUCGUCAACCUGGCCAUGAUCUGCAUGGACGCCGCCAUCAUCGGCGUCCAGUACUCGGGCUACUUCGAUAUCCACGUCACCCUCAAAGCCAUGGCCUAUAGCGUCAAGCUCAAGCUCGAGUACGCCAUCCUCGGCAAGCUGGUCCAUUUCACAGAGGUCAAUUGCGGGAGUUCAACACCGACCGACUUGUCUGAUUUUGUGGAUCUUUCUUUUCAUCCUGCUCAGCCGCCGGAUAGCGAGAGCCAGGCCCGCAUCGCCUGCGACACUCUCGAUGAUUCCGUCCAUCAUCGUGUGCGAGCGUUUCCAAAGCGCUCGUCUUCUGAUCCGCAAACAUCAACUACCUCCGCAGCAGCCAGUGCGAAAAACGUGGACCUGCCAUGA